AUGGCUCCCGCGACCCAGUACGAACUCUCCCCGGCCCCGGGCGACGCCGUGUCGUCAAUCGCCUUCGCGCCGUCUUCUGGAACCAAGCUCCUCGUCUCGUCGUGGGACAAGAAGGUUUACUGUUAUGAUAUCGCGGGCGGAGCGGGAGAAGCGACCCUCGUCAACACGUACGAGCACCGAGCGCCUGUCCUGGAUGUCUGUUUCGGCGCUAGCGACAAUGAAGCCUUUACUGCUGGCAUGGACUGGGUUGUAAACAGGAUCAACUUGGAGACUGGCGAAAAGACUGAGUUGAGCAAGCAUGCUGCGCCAGUCCGCUGUGUAGCAUACAGCCCGACGCAUUCCAUCCUCGUCUCCGCGUCAUGGGAUUGCAGUCUCAACCUUCACAACCUUGCCGACCCCUCGAGCGCCCCCAUUCGAGUCUCCCUCCCCGGAAAGCCCCAUGCGCUGGCAGCCAGCCCAACCAAGGUCGUCGUUGCGAUGGCUGGCCGAGUAAUCAACAUUUACGACCUCAAGACCAUUGCCGACCUGUUCGUUACCGGAUCGACAGAUCUUCAGCCAUGGCAGCAGCGGGAAUCUUCACUUCGAUAUCUUACGCGGGCGGUAUCUUGCAUGCCCAAUGACGCCGGAUACGCUACCAGCAGUAUCGAGGGCCGAGUUGCGGUCGAAUGGUUCGAGGACACUGCUGAGUCGCAGGCGCGCAAGUACGCUUUCAAGUGUCAUAGGCAGGCAGCGCCCGACGGAGACGGUGAUAUUGUGUAUCCCGUCAACGCGCUGGCUUUCCACCCGGUCCACGGAACCUUUGCCUCUGGUGGUGGUGACGGAACCGCUGCUCUGUGGGAUGCCGAGGCCAAGCGUCGACUAAAACAGUACCAAAAGUUUCCCAACAGCGUUGCUGCCCUUGCUUUCUCGAGCGAUGGCAAGUAUCUCGCUGUUGGCGUGUGCCCAGGCUUCGAGACUGGCCAGGAGGACUACAACGGAGCGGGCCAGACAGCGGUUCUGAUUCGUGAGCUUGGAGAGAAUGAGGCCAAGGGCAAGGGAGCUAAAUAG